CCGUUCCGGCCGGAGGGCUCCCGGCGCCCCAGGACACGCCCCGUGCCCCCAGCUCCCGGGCCUUUGUCUGUCUCUGCCGGCGGCCGCGGGGCUGCGUUCCCGGCUCCGGAUUGGCUGCCACAGGCCCGGUAGACCGUGACGUAUGCUAUUUGCAUAUGACAUUGAGACGUCACCAAGGCCGGCCCCGCCCCCCGGACUGGGUCGGCUGUCCUCCUGUGACCCGGUGGGAGCCGGGUCGGGCCUGGGCCCAAGGGUGAGGAAAGCUGGAAGACGGCAGGCCCAGAAGAGGCUCAGCGGUUUCCUGGGCUAAUCCGGGAGCUGGGGUCAGGCCUCCUGAUCGCUUUUCUCUUUGAGACGGUUGGGGGCCGGAUGGCGCUGCUGGGUCUAGGCUGAGGGGUUGUCAGAAGUUCAGGGGCGACUUUGGGUUCCAGGUCGGUGGGGGCGAGCGCCAGACGGUGGCGGAAUCCCCUCCCUCCAGCUCCAGGCCCCGCCCCCAGGGACCAACAUAACAACAUCCUCCUGAUCCCUGACAUGUGUGGAGGGCUUUAGUUGAUGUCACCCCCCUAACCUCAGAAUACAGGUCUUAAACGCCAUUUCAAGGAUGGGGAAACUGAGGCCCAGAGAGAGGAAGUGUCUUACUCGCGGUCACUCAAUUAGUCAUACCCACUGAGUGGGCGACAGAUGCAUUCUAGACACAUUGUCGUCGGAAUCAACUCAUAAUGACCCUGUAGGACAGAGUAGAACUACCCCAAAGGGCUUCCAAGGUGCUCCAUGGGAGAAAGAUGUGGCAGUCUGCUUUCAUAAAGAUUACAGCCUUAGAAACCCUGUGGGGCAGUUCUGCUCUGUCCUAUAGGGUCGUUAUGAGUCGGAGUAGACUUCAUGGCAAUGGGUUUUUUUUUUUUUUAGUUGUUAAGAAAGCAAACAGCCACAUCUUUCACCAGUGGACUGGCUGGUGGGUUCUGUCUGCCAAUCAUUCGGUUAGCAGCCCAGUGCUUAACCACUGGACCACCAGGGCACCUUUGACAGAUGCAUUAACCAUGGGCAUAUAUGCAUAGUAGAUGCUCAAUACAAGUAACAAGCUACACAUCCCCCUUCCAGUGGGGACCCUGCUCUGGGCUUAGCACCAUCCCGAUUUGAAAGGGCUCCUAAGCCUUCUCAUCUUGGACCUUUUUCUAGGGGUCUCUGGAAAUUCAUUCUCUUUUAUGCCCUGACCCUGACUCUCCCCUGUCCUUAUUCUGUACCUUGUAGUCCCAGAGCCCAAUAAAAUCACCUCCUCCCAGCUGUUUUGACUACAGAAAGGUGAGUCAUUGGCUGCCUCAGCAUGUCUCCAGAGCUAAUGUUGGGGUGUGUAUGGGAUGAGGGUUCCCUCUACUUGGCCCUUCAUCACCUCCUUAACCCUCAAGGUUGUCAGCAAGGAGGGCUGUGACCUGGCCUAGUCCAGGUGAUUGCAAGGGUUGUGCUAGCCCUCUCUGCUUCCAUAGAGAGGAAGAGGAGAGCUUCUGACUCUCUAAGUGGAUAUAUUGAGAGGCUGGACCAGGAUCCCCGUUCCAGCCUAGGUUUUACACAAGGAUGGGCUGGGGUUGGGGUGGCUUCAGGCUCAAGUGUUAUUCUGGGCACAGCUGCUGUAGUUAUUAAAGGGGAUGGUUCUCCCUGGAGCAGAGCUGGGAAUGUGAGAACCAGGAAGCUGUCAGGGCCGGGAGAGAAAAUCCAGGAGGUUCUCCCAGUGGUCAGGAGAGGGGGGCAGGCACUGGCUGGCUGGUGCUGCUGUCACUCCUGGCUCUGUCACUGACUUGCUGUGACCUCCAGCCGGGAGCUUCCUACCUGAGCCUCCUUUACCUCUGUCUAUCUGUAAUUUCAAGAGGCCCAGCAUGGGCCCUGGUGCACAGUGGAUACUCUAGUAAAUGCAUACUGAAUCUUGGUGCCAGGAACCCCAUGUCAUUUUACAGCUGGGCAGAGAGGCAGUGACUCGGUCAUGGUCCCUGUUGUAUUCCCCUUCACACAUACCAUUAUCUUCUUGGGCACUGUUUGCUGUGGCUUUCCUACUAUGUACACUCUGGACGGGUGGCCUGCGGCCAGGCUUGCCCCUCCACCAUUUAGCUCUAUGUCUUUGGAUAGACUUAUGUCCUCUCUCUGAUUCUCAGGUUAAAAAAUGGGCUGGUUGAAUAUGAUAAACAACUCUUAACUUCCCUUUCAUCAAUGAAGUAGUAGGUUCCUGGAAGGAGGGUGUGCCUCCUCAAAGCUCCAAUCUUCCCUUCCUUCAGGAGGAGCCAAACUUCCUGAAUUUUUGGUAACUGAGUCAUUAACUCCCUGUGGCUACAGAUGGGCUGGGAUACAUGGACUGUGCUUGACAGGCACUAUUUGGGGCUUCCCCACUCUUCAUAACCCCUGUAGAUCUCCCAUCCAUCUCACCAGGAAAACCAGCAUCCAGGGAGCACAUUCCUCAGGAGCCCACUGCGGGUCUGCAAGAGCAGAAAUACUUUCAGGAUAUGGAGGUUAGGGGAUUUUGUGGCACCUUGUGGGGAAGGUGGCAACAAGUGUAGAAACACCCCAGGGGGGUUAGCAGUAAGAGUAGAAAUACCCCCUGCAAAUGAAAGUGUGGCAAUGCCUCAGGGAGUUCUUUAGCAAGUGUGGAAACAACCCUAGAGAACGGUGACAAGUGGCUCAGCAGCAGAACUGUUGAGGGCCCUUAGGGAAUAGACAUGAAGGAUGAGGCUCUAGGGAUAUCCCAGGGCCUGGCCAGCAGCCCCUGGCCUAGGUCUGGUCCUGAGGUAGCCUGGGGUGGGAGGGGGCAGACCUACAGCUACCUGUUUGGCCGUCUCCAUUCCUGGAGUAGGGAGCCUCCUCCCUCAUUUUACCCAGGGAAGGACUGGGUAAGGUCUUGUAUCCCGGUGCAGCCCUCAGUGCCCGUCCUUAAGGGCCCCUGGGGUCUCACAACUCCCUCUCUCCAUCAUCACCUCUCACGAACCUGCUACGGUCUGGGGCCAGGCAACCCGACUUUUUCCUCCUAGCCGGAGAUGCUGCCCUUGAGCAGGGGCCUGGGGAGGGGGUGAGGGGGAGAAGGACCUGUGGGAAUAGGAUCUCCAGACCUCAUCUGACAGACGUGACUACAGCAACGAACUAGGGCCUACCUAAUCACAUGUUGAGGUGACAGUGAUUCUGUGGGUUUCUACCAGCCAGUGCUUUUCAAACCACACAAGCUCGAGCAGUCUCUGGGGUCAGGGAUUGCUGUUUAGGAUAUUGUGAUGAAAACCGAAGUCCUUCUUCCCAGGAAAACACACAUGUGCACGUGUGUACACAUACACACAUUUCAGGCCUGAUAGUGGACCAUGACCAGUGGUCACCAGGUUAAAAAUGUCUAAUCCAGGCAUAGACCCAGCAAAAGCAAUGGAAUAUAGUGAUUAUGGGUGCUGUCUCUGGAAUGACUGCAUGGGUUCAAAUCAUACCUCUGUUUUCAUACUAGCUGCAGGAUUUUGAGCAAGUUUCUUUAUAUUGUUGAACCUCAGUUUCUUUACAUGUAAAAAGGGGGAUAAUUAUAUCUACUUCCUAGAGUUGCUGUGAAGAUUGAAAGCCCAUUGCCUUUGAGUCAAUUCUGACUCAUAGUGACCCUAUAGGACAGAGUAGAACUGUCCCACAGGGUUUCCAAGGCUGUAAUCUUUAUGGAAGCAGACUGCCGCAUCUUUCUCUUGUGGAGCAGCUGGUGUGUUCAAAUCACUGGUCUUUUAGUUAGCAGCUGAGUGCUUAACCACUGCACCGCCAGGCCUCCUUGCUGUGAGGAUUUUAAUGAAGUAAUAUAAGUUGCGUAGUAUACUUUUGCCUGGCACAUGAAUGUUAGCAAUAUUUUAAUAAUCACUCACACACACACAAAAACAACCCCAUUGCAGUCGAGUCAUAGGGACCCUAUAGGACAGAGCAGAAGUGCCCCAUAGGGUUUCCAAGGAACAGCUAGUGGAUUCAACUGCUGACCUUUUGGUUAGCAGCCAAAUGCUUAACCACUAAGCCACCAGGGCUCCUUCACAAGUGCUUAAAAAAAAAAAAAAAAAAAUUUUUUUUUUUUUUUUUUUUUUUUUUUACCAGGGCUCCUUCACAAGUGCUUAGCUUAUUUAAUUCUUGUAAGGGCCCAGAGGAAGGCACUAUUAUUAUUAUCGUCAUUUGACAUAUGAGAAAACACCAUCAUUUAGCCUCCCCACGCAUGCCUGUGGUACUCUCAGUGCUACUCUGGGGGAUGGGUAUCACCUGCCCUGUGUCCCAGGCCCGGAAUAGCGGUGGACCUGUCAGUGGUGAUUCUGACUCCUCUCUUUGCCUCGCCUCCCAGGUUUCUGCACUGCCAUAGGGCGUCCCGACCGCCGAGGUCGCUUAACUCCCCAGCCCCCCACCAUGUUUCAGCGCCUCACCAGCCUCUUCUUCAGCACCCCCCCGCCCCCCGAGGACCCCGACUGCCCCCACGCCUUCGUCUCCGAGGAAGAUGAAGUGGAUGGUUGGCUCAUCAUUGACCUGCCGGAGGGGCCCGGACUCGGGCCUGCCCGCCUCCAGAGCAACCCCCUGGAGGACCUCCUCAUCGAGCACCCCAGCAUGUCCGUUUACGUCACUGGCAGCACCAUAGUGCUGGAGCCUGGGCCCCCUUCCCCGCACCCUGACGUUGCCCAGCCUGACGGUCACCUCAGUGACGGGGAGUUGGUGCCUGCCCGCCGCGAGCCCCGGGCCCUCCACCACGCUGCAGCCCCGCUGCCCGCUCGGGCUGCACUGCUGGAGAAGGCGGGCCAGGUGCGGCGGCUGCAGCGGGCCCGACAGCGGGCCGAGCGCCAUGCGCUGAGUGCCAAGGUGGUGCAACGACAGAACCGUGCCCGAGAGAGCCGUCCACGCCGGCCCAAGCACCAGGGCAGCUUCAUCUACCAGCCGUGCCAGCGCCAGUUCAACUACUGAACGUCCGCCGGCCCUGCCACGAACCCCUCCCCGACUCCUGACCCGUCGGGUGUCUCUGCUGCAGUGUGCUGCCCAAGGGGUGGCUGUGGCCUACCGCGGCUGGACACACUUUCCCCCCUUCUUGAGUGUGUGAGGUGGGGUGACAGCCUCUCCCACCCCGACUCUCUUGAUUUCUCUGUCUCUGAUCCUCUAACCCACCUCUGAACCCUCUCUUGUCCCUCUCAUUCUCCAUUCUUCUGGUCCCCAUGCCCAGCAUCUAAUCCUCCAUUCCCCUCCCCACCCUUGCCACCGGAUCCUUCCAUCUCUGAUCCUCACCUGUCUUUGUCCUAACAUGCCCUUUUACUCUUGCCCUCUAGUCCUGUUCCUCUGUUCCAUCCCAAUUUCUGAGAGCCUCUUCUUCCGGUCCCUGAUCUGGCCCAUUCCCUGCCUUCAACUCCAACUUUACACCCCUCACCCCACCCCACCUUUGACACUACACCACUCUUAUUCCUAUUAUUAAUUCCCUGCCAUUGCAACCCCUCCUAAAUGGUGGGGGGUGCAGUGGGACCUUGAGCCCAGCUCUGACCAGGUACAACUUGCAGAGCCUGGGCUGCUGCCCUGGUCCUGCAAUAAGGGCUCAGGCUCAGGGUUCUCCCUUUAUUAUUUCCUCCACAUCUCUCUCCCCUGGGGACUGGGCUCCUUGUUGCUGCUUAGGCCUGGAAAGGUAAAGUAUGUCGAAGAGGACUGUGAGAUGUGAGUCAGAGAGAAAAGGUGGAGGGAAUCAAGGGAAGGAGGUGGCCUGUUGGAGAUACAGACAGAAGGACAGACAGGUUGAGAAGCUGUAGGGAGCAGGGUACCAUGGGAGCUGGCACUAUGCUUGCUCAGAGAUGCCAAGCCCUCCUCUCAAGUUAGAGCCUGGAAUCUCCCUUUCCUAUAAUCUCACCUCCCAAGUCUCUUCCUGAAAUCCAGGCAGUUCCUUCCUCUGCAGGGUCCUGUGUCUGUAGGGCUUGCUUAGUACCUUGACACCUUAUUCCCUAACAUGUCACCCCAGGAGUAGAGACGGGGCUUGGCCCUGCCAUCUGUUCGCAUCCCCAAGGUGCUAGAACUAGCUUAGAGGAGAUGCAGGCCAGAGGGCUUCUAGGUAGGCGAAGGGUACAAACCCCAGGGUAAGGAUGCACAGCAAUGAUACAGUCAGGGAGAACAGGCUCUGGAGUGAAGCUAUCCUAAGACUGAAGCUCAGCCCUCACCUUGCCUCUGGCCUUGGAUUUCAGACCCUGCCCAGUAGGCCUAACAAACACUUCUGAUAGGAGGCCUGGAGCUCUACUGUCCCAAUCCUCAAAUAGUCCCCUAACCAGGUUCAGGGCCUCCAGGGGGCCUUUCCUCAUUUUCUCCCCAGGUCUCUCUUCUUUUCCAGUCUGCUGGGGAGAAACUGGUGCCCUAUGGUCUCCCUCCGCUUCUCCUCCAGGAAGUAUCUGGAGGAAACCCGAAUCCCUGGCUGAGACAGAGGGGACGGGGCAGCCAGCUUUCACCUUCUCAUGGUAGGACUAAAUUUUGGGCUCAGACACCAGCAACAGCCUCUUGGGAUGCCCCCGAGUUGCUUCCCUUUUUGUCUUUUUAGCUGUCUUUUUCUAGUGUGUUCUCUCUCUCUUCCUUGAAACUUUUACUAGUUCCUGUUACAUACUAACAUAGGUCUUCCCUCUCACCCUAAUUCCAGGUAUCCAGGCCCCAAAGCCAAGCUAAGUCUUGGAGAAAAUUCUGCAUUCCCAUGAGGGCAAAGGCAGCUGUCCUCCCUGAUCCUGUACCCCCAGGCCUCAUACAGGGGUAUAGGGGAGGGAGGGAGUAGCCUCAUGGAUGCUGGGAUGGGGACAGAGAAGCACUAUUGGGGUCUCCUAUCCCAGAGAGUAAGCCAAAUUUAUCCUAAAAGCGGAUCAAGGUCCUCACCUCUAGUCCACCAAGUCCCAGUGCUUGACGUCCCUGCUAACUUGGCUCCCAAGAUUCAGUUGCUUUUAUUCUUCCAGCCACCCCUUGGUCACCUCACAGUUUAGGGUCUUCAUUCAGCAUUUUCAAGAGCUAAAACUCCCUCCAACACUUUCUGCCUACUCCUUCACUGCCAGAUGAGGCCUAGGCUCAGUCCUGGAUAGUGUCCUUGAUCCUUCUGGUUGGGGGAGUUUGAGUUAUAGGGCAUUUGGUUCAAACUUCAAAAGGCCCUACCCUCACCCAUAUUUCUGGAGGCCCCUGUAGUUCUAGAACCCUUCAUCACCUGGCUGGUUGCAAGGCUCAUAUUUUUUGUAUUGUCUUAUAGAUUUUUGUAGCAUUUGAGUGUGGCAAUAUUUUGUGUAUAGAUUUCUAAGAACAAACACUACUCAGUCUCCUGCUGGUCUGACUCCUGAAGCAUCAGACCUCGUCAUACUGUAUUGACUGUGUAUGUGCCUUUCACUUUGAGCAUGCUUCAGGAUUUUUUUAAACCACAGAACUUGAAUACAUGAGGGAACCAGAAUUUACAAAGUCCUAUGCAACCUUAGACAGGAGGGGUUAGAGAGUCUGUUUUGACUGCUGUUUUCAGAGACCCUGGAGAAGUUUCAGUUUGUGAGUAUUAAAUAAUGUCAGUACUACCAGCACUUUGCCAAAACUGAGUAUGCCAGAGGGACCCCAUUUCUAAAGUGUGAGUCCCAAUUACAUCAAAGGGCAAUUUCCAUUUAUUCCCCCAAUAAGUCUGAGUGCUCCCCUCAAUCUGGUUGUCACUUCCCAGCUUUCCCCAGUCUGGCCCUCACAGGGCACCACGUGUGUACGAAUGCAGUUCGGUGCUGUUUUAGAGUAUGCCUGCCCCCAGCCUCCUGCCUGGAGCCCUUUCAGCUUGCUCUGAUCCAUGUCUUAGGUGCCACAAGGACCCUACCAGAGCUCUUGGAUGCCUCCCAGAUCCAUGUGGCUUUACAUGAGGGGAAUGAAUGCAGACAUAUCACAGCCCACUUCUAACCCCUUCCCUCUUGCCCUGCCACUUAGUUCCAAAUGGAACCAAGUUGAGUGCAUCCUGGUUGGGUGUUUUGUGUUGAGGCUGGAUGAAAUGAGGAGACUUUGUUGAUUAUGUGUGAUGUGUCAACAGACUCAAGGACACAACCACCUCGGACCUGGUCAUGUGGCAUGCCUGUGUAUGUGUGUAACAGGAUUCUGAUUGUUAGAUUGUAAUGUUAUUCCUCUAUGGGAGAAAAAAAUUAAUAUAAAGAAAAACAAAUAAAAAAUCUAUUUAAAGCACAUUAUUCCUUCUGCCUGAGUUGAACUAAAGUACGGGAAGCACUUUGUAAUCUCAAGCACAGUACUGGCAUAGGGUAUUAUUAUUAAGCUGGCUUUGAUUCUGGUCGUGUUUGUCAUACGAGAAAGGAAGAGGGUAGAUGAGCUUGCUGGGAGCAGAGCCAGACAAUGUGGGGUCUGACUCAUAAAUAACUACUUUUAGAGGAUCAUUAUAAUGCAAAACAUAGAUAUUAAGGCAGUUGAAAUAGACACAAGAAUAAGAGCAUGACAGAAUCACCAACUCAUUCUUUUGGUCUCAGACAUUGGGUUAUGGCAAGGACAAAGAGGCACCGAAGGGGAAAGUAUGAGUUUAAGUCUAGCCCUAGGAGACACAGCAGAAGACUGAAGCCCAGGCUGAGACAAAGACAAGGCCGCAAGCAACAGAGUCCCCUGAAGGCUGGGGUAGGAUGGGGCCAGAAGCAGUUGGCUUUGGAGAUGGUACAAAUUGUGAGAUAAGAAUUGGACCAGGAAAGGGAAAAACGUGGGCAUGCUGAUGAGAAAUCAUCCUGAGGUGAGAAACAGGGCAAAGAAGUGCAGUGUAGUAGACAUCUUUGAAGUAUACAGCAUAAUGUGAUCCCUUUUAUUUGGAAGCUGUCCCAUCUAACCACAGAACUGGACUGAAAGUAGAAAUGUGACCUACCCCAUGGCUCAAUUCUAGAUACUGGUACAAAGAAGCCUGCUGGUCAGUCUGGGCUUAUCUCUUGAAUAGAGGAAAUGUAAAUAAACAUCUUGUGCAUUGACAGCAAAUGUAUAAGGUGGAGAAAAAGUGUUAUCUAGGUUGCUGACAGCUUUCCUGCCCUUGAAUGAGUUGAGUGAGCAAGUAUGUGCAUUUUCCUCAACCUGCCGGGAGGGCUUCUCUGGUGGAAUGGGGGCAGGUUGGGAUUCUGAUUCACAAGGAAAACUACACCUAUUCAUUUAUGGUUCAAAGAGCUUGCUCAUCUAAUAACCCUCUACCAAUAACAUACCUUUAUGUUCUAGGACAAUGACAUUUAUUUAACACGUUCAGUAUUUCACAUUGUACAAAUCCUUAGAUUCUCUUUAU